CAGAGAAGUAAGAGGGGCGGGAAGGGAAAGAAAGUCCAGGUCCAGGAAGUGAAGACGAAACGCAGCCUCAAGGGCACGUCCCGGCUCUUCAUGGGCUUCCGGGACCGGAAGCCCAAGAUCUCCAAGAAGAGCCGGUUCAAGAGCGCCUCUCGUUUCUUCUGGGGGCUCUGGAGGGGCCCGAAGAAGACAAAGCGGAAGACCAAGUCCAAGCUGGCCAUGAAGUCCUACUCGAAGCUGAUGACGCAGAUGAGGCUGGGCAGGAAGAAGCGGGAAGGCAAAGAGAAGAAGCCAUCCUUCAUGGUGAUCCGCUUCCCCGGGCGGCGGGGCCGCGGCAAGUUGAAGCCCAAGGCCGGCGUGGUGAGCAAAGCCUCCACGGCCGUCAACUGGUUGACCAAGAGGUUCCUGAUGAAGAAGGCCCGGGAGUCGGGAGGCGACCAGUCCCCCGUGGAUGCCUGGAUGGGCCGCACUAGCGGCCGGGUGGGUUCCUGCCGGCUGCCCUUCCCCUCGGGCGCCGAGAUCCUCCGGCACGAGGGCAGCACCAGGCGGUUCCCCCGCAGCCAGAGCUUCUACGAGUCGGGAGAGGCGCCCGGCUUCCGGCCGUGGGAGCCGGAGGGCUCGCCCGGGCAGGGUGGGCCGAGGCGCUCCCUUUAUGGACUGGAGGGAUUCCAGGACUUGGGAGAGUACUACGAUUACUAUCGUGAGGGAGACGACUACUUUGACCGCCAUUCUCUCCACCAGUACGAGGAGCAGGAACACCUGUCGUCAACCUCACCGCCAGCCAGAUGGGGCUACUACUGGCUGGGGAGGCCUGACUACGGGGACUAUUACUACGGCGACCCGCUGGACGAGCUCUAUGGAUACUACGACGACGAAGGCGACGGCGUCUACCCACCCUACAGCUACGGCUACAAUGACUACGCUCCGCCGUACGCCCCUCCCUUCGGCUACGUGCCCUCCGACUACUACUACGACGGCUGCUGGUACCCACCGGCAUUUUACUGGGACGAAGGGUAUCCGUACGACUACUACGGGGACCCCUACGCCGUCUACGACGAAGAGGAUGACUCCGGGGUGGACGAGCUGGCCUACCCGCUGGACAGCCCCUUCCCGCGGCCCGAGGAUCCUUACUUCCUCUCUGACUGGGCCACUCUCCCCCGCCCACGGUACAACCCCUACGCCCACCCCAUGGACGACAUCGCGGAGCUGGAGGAGCCGGAGGAGUUCGGGGACGACCAGGGCAGGUACCCCUUCAGGCCGCCAAAGCCUUCGUUCUUCGAGCAGCAGGGCAUCGAGAAGAGGGCGCCUUCCAAGCGCUCCUUCCUCAGGAAGUUCCGCCUCUUCCCGCGGCCCCAGGUGAAGCUGUUUGGCAAGGAGAAGUUGGAGGUGCCCCUCCCACCCUCGCCGGGCGUCUCGUUCACCAACUACGAGGAGGAGGACGAGGAGGAAGAGGAGGAGGAGUGGCCGGACCCGUAUCCCGGCGCCUUCCCUUCUCCCCGGGCCCAGAGGAUUCAACGAGCGCUCUCUGCUAUGACGCCCCGGAGGACUCUGGGAUUUGAAGGCCAGCCCCCGGUCACGUCCCUGGGACGGUUCCUGCAGAAGUCCCUCUCGGAGCCCCGGCCAGUACUGAGGCCCUGGGGGAGUGUCUCCAGCGGGCAGCCCCUCCCUGCAGUCAGGGAGUCAUCCUACAAGAGGUUCGGCUACAAACUGGCUGGCAUGAACCUGAGCAACCCAGGCUCCCCUGUGACGCUGAGGAAAGCCACCCGGCCCAUCGCCACCCCCACCAACUCUCAGGCGCUGCCGUCCCCUACCCUGUCCGGGAGAAGCGUGCUCCUCUCCCCACCCCCUCUGAGGAAAAGGAGCCAGGGGCCCUUCUCCCCCGACCCUUCGGUCUGGCCGAGGCCUACGUCUCCUUACGUCUCCAGGCGUCAGAGGCCCCCAUCCCCUCACCCUUCUCUGCCCCGGAGGUCCUUCUCUCCCCUGGUCCGCUCUCCUCUCGGGCCCGGGGCCAGCAGAAGGAGUUUGUCCGAGCCUCCGCGAGCUGGUUAUCAGAAGCUGGAGUCUAACCCCUCCUCUCUGGGAUUUGGGGAUGCUGGUCCCGGGCAGCCCCCCAACCGGGCCCCCGGCGGGCCCCAGAAUCCAUCUCCUUCCUCCCCGUCCUCUCCAAGGAGGCCUGGGGAGCUGGGGUUCCGAGGGCCGUCGCUGAGAAGACCCCGGUCCCCCGGCCCUGGGGAUCUGCAGGGGUCCCCUCGGCCGGCCCGCCCCCAGAACCCCACCUCGUCCCCACAGCCGUCCAUCAGAAGCAUCCAGAGUGGGGGGGCCCGCUCUCCUCUAAGGGCCUCCUCUCCUCAGCCAUCCAUCCGCUCCAGUUCUUCUCGGAGGCAGAUGUUCGCUCCCAGGUCUCCUGGACCACCCUUAAGCCCCACGCUGGGAACGGCGGCCCCCAGCCGCUGGCCCCCACGCCUGGAAUCCCCCUCGCCUCAUCCUUCUCUGAGGCGCUUCGGGCCUCCCCCACCUCACGCCCCAGCCCCAGGCUCUCCUUACUUCCCACCCCGGAGAGGCAGCCAGAAGCUGCCCUCGACCCAGCUGACCCGGAGCCUGAGCCACGGCUCCCUGACCCGGCCCCGGUGGCUGCCCCAUGCGUGGAACCGCCUCAGCGAGCCCCCGACCAAGGCGGUGAAGCCCCAGCUGCGUCCCUCCUUUCGGAGGUCCCUGGGAUACCAAGGUGCCGCCCAGCCCACCAGGAGCUCCUGGCGGGAGACACCGCGGCGACAGGACAGUCGGCGCUCGGUCGGUGGGAGGAAGCCACCCUGGUUCCCGCCGACCCUGGCCCGGAGGGACCGGCCUUCCUCUCCGCCCACCCCGGGGGCUACCGGGCCGACGCCUCAGUUGCCGAGCUGGGAUGUAGAGCUUCCGCCGGCUCAGUGCCCUUCCUCUCCCUGGCCGGGCCCUGGGGCCAGCCCGGAAGACCUCUCCAAACUGCUUCCGCCUCAGACCCCGGCUCCCGGCAUCCCUAACCCCUUCAUUCAGCGCUUGGGGUGCCCUCUGGCCAACCUGACCCAGGCUGUGGCUUUCGCUAGCCCAGACCGGGGCAGUCAAGGGGCCAGAGUUUUCCUUAGCAAGCUCAGGCAGGCUGGGCCAGGGCAGGCUCCGGGUUUCGUCGCUCCCUCACUGCCCGGCGAGAAGGAGGCACCCGUGCCCGGAACGUCGCCCGCUCCCGCCUCCCCUACACCCCCCACAAAGUUCCCCAGCUUCCUGCCGGGCCUGGGGCACAAGGUGGUGAGCAGCAGCCGGUCCCAGCCUCUCAACCCUGGGAUCCCCGCCGGAACCAUACUGUCUGGCCCUCAGAGGUCGGCCUCCCUCAUGUGGCCAGGCCGGGCGGCUUUCCCAGGGUCCCCGGCGCAGGCGGGGCCCUCCGACGUACCCGCCAGGCAGCGGGAGGGGAGAGAGAAGGAGGGGGAAGGGGAGGAAGAGGCCGGCCGCUUUGCCGUGGUCAUGCCACAGAUCCAGAGGAUGAGCUCCUUCCGGCGGGCAGCCCACCUGCCCCGCCAGCACUGGUCUCGGCAGCACGUGGUGCAGGUGCAGGAGACCUCUGACCCCUGGUCCUCCGAGAAGUUGCUCCACCAGCCUCCGGCUGAGAGCUUCAACCGAUGGCCCAACCAGACGCAGGGGAACCUCUCGGGCUACCUGGCCCCCGGAGACUCUCUCGGCCAGCAGCGGCCCCGGGGUAGCCCGUGGAAGGAGAAGCCUAGAGGGACCUGGCAGAACAAGAUGCAUUCCAUCCGCAACCUGCCGUCCAUGAGACACCGGGAGCAGCUGGACGAGGACGGGGUGGAGGACAUGACCCAGUUGGAUGACCUUCAGGAGUCCUCAGUGCUGUACAACGUGAAGACCAGAUUUGACCGGGAAAUCAUCUACACGUACAUUGGCAGCAUCUUGGUGUCCGUGAAUCCGUACCAAAUGUUCAACAUCUAUGGGAUGGACCAGGUGUUACAGUACAAAGGCAGGGCCCUGGGCGAAAAUCCACCGCACCUUUUUGCUAUCGCAAAUCUUGCCUAUACCAAAAUGCUGGAUGCCAAACACAACCAGUGUAUUAUCAUCAGUGGGGAAAGCGGCUCAGGAAAAACUGAAGCUACGAAGCUAAUCCUGCGUUACCUGGCUGCAGUGAACCAGAAACAUGAUGUCAUGCAGCAGAUAAAGAUCUUAGAAGCCACGCCCCUUCUCGAGGCUUUUGGGAACGCCAAAACCGUGAGGAACGACAACUCCAGCCGCUUCGGGAAGUUUAUGGAGAUCUUCCUGGAGGGCGGCUUGAUCUGUGGUGCCAUAACCUCGCAGUACCUUCUUGAAAAAUCCCGGAUCGUGUUCCAGGCCAAAGACGAACGCAACUACCACAUCUUCUACGAGAUGCUAGCGGGACUCCCAGCCCAGCAGAAGCAAACCUUUUGCCUUCAGGAAGCAGAGACCUACUAUUACCUGAACCAGGGGGGGAACUGUGAGAUUCCAGGCAAGAGUGAUACAGAUGAUUUCCGGCGGCUGCUUGGGGCCAUGGAGGUCUUGAACUUCAGCGCUGAGGAUCAGAACAACAUCUUCCGGAUCCUCUCGUCCAUCCUGCACCUGGGCAAUGUCUACUUUGAAAAGUAUGAGACAGAUGCCCAGGAAGUGGCCUCCGUGGUCAGUGCCCGGGAGAUCCAGGUCGUGGCUGAACUCCUGCAGAUCUCCCCAGAGGGCCUGCAGAGGGCCAUCACCUUUAAAGUAACUGAAACGAUGAGGGAGAAGAUUUUCACCCCUCUCACUGUGGAAAGUGCCGUGGAUGCCAGAGAUGCCAUUGCCAAGAUCUUGUACUCCUUGCUCUUCAGCUGGCUCACAGACAGGAUCAACAAGCUAAUCUACCCUAAGCAGGAUGCACUCUCCAUCGCCAUACUGGAUAUCUACGGGUUUGAGGACCUCAGCUUCAACAGCUUUGAACAGCUGUGCAUCAACUAUGCAAACGAGUACCUCCAGUUCUUCUUCAAUAAGAUCGUCUUCAAGGAGGAGCAGGAGGAGUACAUCCGGGAACAAAUAGACUGGCGGGAAAUCACCUUCAACGACAACCAGCCGUGCAUCGACCUCAUCUCCCUGAAGCCUUAUGGCAUUCUCCGGAUCCUAGACGACCAGAGCUGCUUCCCCCAGGCCACAGACCACACUUUCCUGCAGAAGUGUCACUACCACCACGGCUCCAACCCCCUCUACUCCAAGCCAAAGAUGCCCCUGCCGGAGUUCACCAUCAAACACUAUGCAGGCCGAGUCACCUACCAGGUGCACAAAUUCCUAGACAAAAACUACGACCAGGUGCGCCAGGAUGUGCUGGACCUGUUUGUCAGCAGCAGAAGCAGAGCAGUGGCCAACCUGUUCUCCAGCCAUGCCCAGCUGUUUAGCCACCAGAGGAUGGGGAAGAACACCACCCUGACCAGAUUCUACAAGGCUCCCACCGUGGCAGCCAAGUUCCAGCAGUCACUCCUGGACCUCGUGGAUAAGAUGGAGAGGUGCAACCCAUUGUUUGUACGCUGCCUAAAGCCCAACAACAAGAAGGAGCCGGGGCUCUUUGAAUUGGAUGUGGUGAACUGUCAGCUCCGCUACUCAGGGAUCCUGGAGACCAUCCGCAUCCGCAAGGAGGGAUUUCCAGUCCGCAUCCCCUUCCAGGUUUUCAUUGACAGGUACCGCUGUCUGGUGUCCCUCAAAUACGAUGUCCCAGCCAACGGGGAUGUGUGUGUAUCGGUACUGAACAAGUUGUGCACAGUCACCCACCUCAUGUACUGUAUUGGCGUCAGCAAGCUCUUCAUGAAGGAGCACCUGCACCAGCUGCUGGAGAGCAUGCGGGCCCGGGUUCUGCACCUGGCGGCCGUCACUCUGCAGCGCUGCCUGCGUGGCUUCUUCAUCAAGAAGCGCUUCCGCUCCCUGCGCCGCAAGAUCGUCCUGAUCCAGACACGGUCACGGGGAUACCUGGCCAGGCAGAGGUUCCAGAAGAUGAAGAGGAGCUUGAUCAAGUUCAGAUCCUUGGUUCACAUGUACGUGAACCGCCGGCGGUACCUCAAGAUGAAGGCAGAGGCACGAAGACUGGCCGAGGAGGAGAGAGUGAGAGUGGAGCAGGAGCUGACCAAGAGGGAAGUGGUGAAGGUGGCACACCUGGAGGUACCCGCAGAGCUGGCAGGCCUCUUGCAGGUGGCAGCAGUAUUCAAGCAUGCCAACACUGACCGUGUGGUGCCCAUCCAAGUCCCCAAGCUGCAGGCCGACACCCAAAUUGCACUGCCCUUGGACAUCAACAACUACCCCAUGGUGGAAUUUGUGCGGGCUCAUUUCAAGGAGCGGGCCUUUGGGAUGCUCACCGUGCCCCUGGAAGCCCCUCUGACAAAGGUUGAAGAAGAAAAGCGGCCAGAAGCCCUCAGCAUCUUCAAGCUGAUUCUGCGCUUCAUGGGUGACCCCCACCUCCGCGGGGCCCAGGAAAACCUGCUCGGGAAUUACAUCAUCCAGAAGGGCCUGUCGGUAGAGGAGUUGAGGGACGAGAUCCUGGCCCAGCUGGCCAAUCAAGUGUGGAGGAACCCUAAUGUCAACAAUGAGGAGCGCGGCUGGCUCCUCAUGGCCUCCUGCCUCAGCAGCUUCGCCCCCUCCCCUCGGCUGGACAAAUACUUACUGAAGUUUGUCUCUGAUUACGCUCACGACGGUUACAAGGCGGUGUGUCAGCAUAAGCUAAUGCAGGCCAUGGCCAAGGGUCAGAGCAGGCCCGGAGCUGCCCGCACCUACCCCCCGACCCUGCUGGAGUGGACCGUGAACAGGGAGAGGGCGAACAUGGCCUUGGACAUACACUGUUUCAAUGGAGACCAGUUUACUUGUCCAAUCCAUUCCUGGAGCACAGGAGAGGAUGUGGCCGGAGACAUCCUCAAGCACAGGGGGAUGACCAAAGGCUGGAGGGGCUGGACGGUCUCCCUGAAGGACGGUGCUCAGUGGGUGGAACUGGCGGGCCAUGACUACAUCCUGGACCUGAUCUCUGACCUGGAGCUGCUGAGAGACUUUCCCAAGCAGAAAUCCUAUUUCAUCGUUGCCUCCGAGGGAGCGGAGCAGGGCCAGAACAGCACCAAACUAGUGUUUGGGAACGGCUCGGACUCAGAUGAGGAGCUUCCCGCCCUGCCCUUGAGGAAGGGCCCUAUCUUGGUGUCCCCGCAUCUGCCUGACUCGAAUGGCUACUACAGUCAUGCAGAUUCGGACAGUUUCAGUGAUCACCCACCAACCCAGAAGGGUCUGGAUCGCUACCUGGACAGCCUCUUUGACCCCGUCCUGUCCUAUGGAAAUGCGGACCUGGAGAAACCAGCUGCCAUCUCAUACAGGAUGAAGGGGGGAGGCCAACCGGGUGGCCGUGAUCAGAGAGGGCAGCGGCACAGCAGCACCUUGCCCCCAAAGAUGCCCCGGGAGGCAGUUCCAUGUCUGGAUCCUUCCACUCUGGCUUUGCAGCAGGCCUUCAUCAACAAGCAAGCCAUGCUCCUGGCUCGCCAGAUGACCAUGCAGGCUAUGGCCAUCCAGAAGCAGCAGCUGAUGGACACAGUCUCCCCAAGCCCCUCCGAGGCCUCCAGCGCCGGCCACUUCCCACAGGGCCCAAGAGCCUCUAGCCCUUUCUCCAGAGCCAAGCCUGCCCUGCCACCACAGAAGCCCCUGGCGGUUGGCCCCCUGCCCAAGCCGGUGGUGACCAGCCACCUCCCGAAGCCGGUGGCAGCCCCUGUCCUGAUCCAGGGCAGACCCUCCUCAGCCACAGCAGCCUCAGGUUCUGGUCCUCCCGGCCCAGAGCUGGUCCGGCACAGCACUCUGAACUCCGAACACUUCCCCGAGCCCACGCACAACAUCAAGAACAUCAUCAAGCAGUACCAGCAGCCUGCUCGCGCCCCGGAGCCCAUCAGGAGAGAAGGUGGGAAAAUUUUUGUGAAGAAGCUGGAUCCCCACGAAGAGGCCCUGAUGAUCCUGAAAGGGCAGAUGGCCGCUGCCUCGGUAGUUCCCAAGACGCAGGCACCUAAAGAGACCAUCGCCAUGGUGAAGCCCGUAGCCAGCACCAAAACCAAGAGACCGGCACCGGGCCCUCCUCCAGUGGUUGUCUCACGGGCUCUGGUGCCCAAGGAUGAGCCCAUCCAGACGCAGCUCCACCGGCAAUGCAAUGAAGUAUUCUACGCUUACCAAGGCGUGCCCUGGAGGAUCUACAUCCGGAAGGAGGUAUUCUACCCCAAAGACAACUACAACCACCCACUGCUGCUGGAUCUCCUCUUCCGCCAGAUCCUCCACGACACCCUGUCCGACGCCUGCAUCCGCAUCAGCAAGGAAGAGAGGCUCAAGAUGAAGUUGCUGUUUGUCCAGAACAACGUGGAUUCCCUCAGCCCGGUGGUGGAUGAGAACAUGAAGAAGAUGAUCAUCAGCGCAGCCCUGGAGGGCUGGGAAGUUUACUUCUCCCGCCUCUUCCCGGCCACGGGCAGUGUGGGCACUGGCGUGCAGAUCCUGGCCGUCUCCCACUCAGGCAUCAAGCUUCUGCGGCUGGUCAAGGGCAGCAGAACAUCAGCAGAGCAGCUGCGAGUCCUGCGGAGUUAUAGCUACUCAGACAUCCUGUUUGUGACCAUCCCCUCCAAGAACAUGCUAGAGGUCAAUCUCGCCAGCGAGAAGCUGAUCCUCUUCUCCUCCCGGGCCCCCCAGGUGAAGAGCAUGGUCGACUACUUCAUCAUGGAGCUCAAGAAGGACUCGGACUACGUGGUGGCAGUGAGGAAUUAUGUCACUGAUGACCGGAGCCUCCUGAGCUUCCACAAGGGAGACAUCAUCCACCUGCAGGCCACGGAGAGGUCUGAGGAAGGUUACAGUUAUGGCUGCAUUGUCAGAAAGAAGGUGAUGUACCUUGAAGAGCUGAAGAGGGGCACUCAGGACUUUGGGUGGAAGUUUGGGGCCAUCCAGGGUCACUCCGGUCAUUUCCCUGCUGAUUUUGUGCAGCCCGUGGCUGCUCCGGACUUCAUCCACCUCCCCGGGGAGCGAAAAGAGGAGCCCCGGGGUCAGCAAGCCAAGGCAGCCGCUUCCGCCGCGGUGGCCGUGGCCGUGGCUUCGGCUGCCGUGGCCCAGGAGUUGGACCGAAAGACGGAGGGGUCGCCGGCAGGAAGUGACUACAGCGAGAACAUGGCAGAGGAGCCCCACCUGCCAGGUCCGCAGUAUGUCAUGCAGGAGUUUUCCAGGAAGUAUUUCCGGGACCCUCAGAGGAAGUCAGUGCGGGAUUCCUUUAAACAGAAGUCCAAGAAAGGGAGGGAAUCCAGAGACACGAGUGACAUGCUAAAAUUCUCCAAGACACCAAUCCAGGAGUCCCUCAUCGAAUUCAGUGACACUGGGCUCAACAAAAUCGCCGCAGAGACAUUUCUAGCUAUCAUGAAAUUCAUGGGAGACUUCCCGAUGAAGGCACAGACUGAACUGGAUGUGAUCUGGGCCCUGCUGAAGUUGUGCAGGGACCACGAGGUCAUUCGAGAUGAGAGCUACUGUCAAGUCAUCAAGCAGAUCACGGACAACACCAGCCCCAAGCCGGAUAGCUGCCAGCGUGGCUGGAGACUGCUCUACAUCCUCACGGCCUAUUACAAGUGCUCUGAGGUCCUGAAGCCACACCUCUGCCGCUUCCUCCUGGAUGUCUGCAGGAGCCCAGGCUUGCACUUCCAAGGGAUCGCCAAGGCCUGUGAGCAGAACCUCCGGAAAACUUUCCAGUUUGGGGGAAGGAAAGAGUUCCCCAGCAGCAUGGAGCUCAAAGCCAUGGUGGCUGGGCGGAGCGCGAAGAGGCAGCUGUUUCUCUUGCCGGGAGGAAUUGAGCGGCACCUGAAGAUUAAGACAUGUUCAGUGGCUUUGGACGUGACCGAGGAGAUCUGCAGGGAGAUGGCGCUGCAGCGGCCGGAGGCUUUCGACGAGUACGUGAUCUUCGCCGUAUCCAAUAGAGGUCAGAAUGUCCGGCCCCUGAACCGGCGGGAGUACAUCCUGGAUGUGGCCACGGAGAUGGAGCAAGUGGACAGUAACUAUAUGUUCUGGUAUCGGCGCAUCAUCUGGUGUCAGCCGCUUAAGUUUGAGAAUGAUCUGUAUGUGACCAUGCACUACAACCAGGUCCUUCCUGACUACCUGAAGGGUCUUUUCAACAUCCUGCCAUCCGUGAGGCCCAGCGAGCAGCAGUUCCAGCAGUUGGCCAAGUUGGCAGCGCUCCAGCACCGAGCCAAGGACAGCGUCUACCUGCCCAGUGUACGCGAGGUCCAGGAUUACGUGCCGCCCCAGUUCUACCGGAUGAUGAAGGGCCAGGCCUGGUUGAACCUGGUGAUUCAGCAUAUGCAGCAGAUCCAGGCCCUGAGCCCCCACCAUGCCAGGGCCCAGUUCCUGGGGCUCCUCAGUGCCUUCCCGAUGUUUGGAUCCUCUUUCUUCUUCAUCCAGAGCUGCAGCAACAACACCGUGGUCUCCCCCUGCAUCCUGGCUGUGAACCAGAAUGGCCUCAAUUUCCUCAACAGAGAAUCCCACGACCUGAUGGUGAAGUUUCCCCUGAAGGAGAUCCAGUCCACUAGGACCCAGCGGCCCACAGCCGGCUCUAGCUAUCCCUACGUGGAAAUCAUGCUGGGAGACCUCAUGUCCCAGAAGAUAAUGCAGCUGCAGCUUGAGCAGGGCCUGGAGCUGUGCCGCGUGGUUGCCACCCACAUGGAAAGCCUGCUGGAUGCCCGGGAGAAAAGACUCACUCUUCCCCCCAGUGAAAUCACCCUGCUCUGAUCCCUCUACCUCCUUCACAACCGGCCAGUCUGUCUUCUGGCAAGAAGCUAGGGCCUCUUGGUUGGGCCUGUGCUAGGCAGAUGCCCUAAAGCACCAGAGGCCCUGCCUGCCAGGAGCUGUCAUUUGUAACAGAGAUCUGGUCCGGGUGAGCAAAUGGUUCUUUGCCUAAAUCAGUUUGAACCAAAACAAUCUGGAAAGCAAACAACUGGGUCUCGGUCAGGAAAAAACAUUUGAGUGGAUUUAGAUUGGAGAGGGGUUGGGAAUAAAGGAGAAGGGAACAUCUCUAGAUUAUAAGCUCAUCAUGGGCCAAACUACCUGCCAACUCUCUCUUUUCCUUGCGUUGAAGUGGUUUCCGCAGAGGUGCAGGCCCAAACUAUGAUGUUGCUUCUGUGUCCAGGAGCCCAAGCAGCCGCCCAAGGAGAGAGCCACUGCCCUAGGAGGGCACUGAGGCCAGAGGAGAGCACCGUGGCCCGAGGAGGGCACCCCAGCCUUACUUGCUGAAAGAGGCCCAAACUGCUGCCUAUCCUGAGAGUCUGUUUUCUGCUGUGGCCUGGGGGCACGUUUCUGGUUCAAGCUGAGCUCAGGCCCUCUUUUUUAAAGGCCCCAAAUCCUCCAUUUAUUUGGGCCCAGAGGAGCUCCCGACUAAAUGAU